CUUGUGGCUGGGGCGUGCAUGCGACAACACCCGCCGGCCGCAUGCCCACUAUUUACAUCGAAGCAAUCCACUAAGGCCGCCAAUGUGACUCUCUAUGGUGAACCCUUCGACUGAAGAGAGCGGCAAAGUAGAUGGUCGCCGCCGCAAUACAUCGAUGUACCUGCCAAGACUAGUCAGCGCUACUGCUACAUCCGUCAAAGCGCCAAAAAUGCAUGGGAUAUCGCAACUAUCUUUGCACGCAACAGUGAAACGACCGGAUAUGAUGUUUUAUCCGGAUGAACAUACAUUCUUGGCAAAAUUUCCUCCAACGUGGCCUGUACACAUGGCAUCGGCGUACUCGGAUGCGGAGCAGGACGUUGGUGGUCUUGUUGACACGAUCUGUAGUGGCGAAGUGUCCAACCCCGACUGGAUCAACAUCCUCGAGUUGUGCGACUUAGUGAGCUGCUCAUCCUCGCACGCCGAGGAAACGGCGCGGAGCUUGCAGCGCGUGCUGGGGCGCCGCGUGGGCAAUGAUGAGCAGAGCGUGUCUCUUGCCCUCCUUGUGUCUGAAUCGGUCCUGAACAACUGUCCUGGUUUCUACAACUACCUCGCGAAUCGCGUGUUCCUCCAGGAAGUUGUUGCGCUAGUGAACCACACGUCACUGGACGUGCGAGAGCGUGCGUCGCGCAUGCUCCAAGAGUGGUCGACAAACUAUCCCAGCCAACCGAUAUUUCGUGACACAUACCAGCAACUGCGUGGGCAAGGCGUGGCGUUCCCUUCGACCCCGCUGUCUCCAUCGUCGUCCGCGGCCCGUGACUUUGCAAUCCCGUCCACAGACUUGGACAAACACCCUGCACCGACCAUCCCACCAAGCCUGGCGGCGGAGUUUCAAAAACUUAACCGCGACCUCGUCACGGUGCAGGAGAAAAUCCAGACGUACGAGACGCUUGUGUCGCUGGCUACGGCAGGCGCGAACGACGACCUGGACGACGUGCUUGACUUUUUGCAGCAGUGCCAGCCGCGCAUGAACACGUUGAUCGAAGCCGGGCUCGCGGGCAAACUCGAUGAGCGCACGCUCGAGAUCUGCUUGACGGUAAACGACCGACUCAUCGGCGUCCUCGAAGGCACAGCAUGCACGUCAACCAGCGCCACUCUAGAGUGCAAGCCAGCGGCGUAUUGCAACAACGAGCCUGACUAUCGAUCGGGGCCGAUGGCGCACUUGAUGCCAGCUCCUGCGCCGGCCCGCUUCACCCGAUCGGAUGCAGGUUAGCUUGGAUACAUAAUUCAGUCCUCGUCACUGCUUCA